AGAACCGUACAAAUUAAAGAAGAAAGAAGGUAAAACCCAGUUUUCAAUCAAAUCGCGUUCUUCAUCUUGGUUCGAUUUGAAGACAAAAAGGCCUUUAUAUUCUUAAAAUUUGCUGGGAAAUUGAAAAAUGGCAAAAUCUUGCAAAGGUUUGGCCAUGGAACUGGUAAAGUGUCUAAGUGAGUCAGAUUGUGUUAAGGUCGAGAAGCGUUCAUUUAGGGAAUGUGCUGGAGAAAAAAGCCCUUGUAUUCCUAGCGAAUGUGUUGGACUCAGAGAAACUUAUUUCAACUGCAAAAGAGGACAGGUUGACAUGAGAGCUAGGAUCCGUGGAAACAAGGGCUACUAAGUGAAUGGUCAACUCAAAUUGUCCUUAUGUCGUCUCUCCCUGAAUUUUGUUUGAUAAUGACAAAAAACUGUUCGACGAAUUUCCCAUUUCCCUUCAUUUUCUAGUUUAGUUACAGUGAGGUACAUUACCUAACCAUAUUGGUAUUUUAAAGCAUCUGGCAGAAUUAGUUAA